AACGCUUUUCCAACUUCAAAUUCCUGCGCAGAAAGCAGAGAAAGCACCCCUCCCCUUCAUCAAAUUCAAGUUCAUGCUUUUUCAAAGGGUUUCAGAGGUACAUAUUGAUCAAAGAGGCUACGGUAUAGCGUCGAUUCAUAGAGCCAGGGGUGCAGCCUGGAGGAGCUCGUCUGCGGGCAUCUUCGAAUUGCUAGUCCAGGCUAAGUUUGUCUGCAGCCAUGGGCAAUUGCAUUUGUGUCCCGAGCGGCAAGAUCCGCAGCAAGCUGCAGGCUUUGAAGCACGUGCCACACACCGUCAGAAGCUUGUUUGAGGAGCUUGCUGGAGAGAAGGGGUUCCUUGAUGUGGACGAUGUUCAGCGGAUUCUAGACUCGCAGGGCAUCGGGUCUUCACCAGCACAAACCCGCCAGCUCAUCGCCAAAUGGGAGAAGGCGGCGGCCCAUGAUCAUCCCCACCUCCACUUGAAAAGGCCACAUGCCGAUGCUCCAGAGGGGCGCGAGCAGCUGGACUUAGCCGGCUUUUAUGCACUCCUCCUCGAUGCUGAUGUCAACGCCGUCCAUGAUGUCAGCAAGGUGACGCAUGACAUGAGCCUGCCGCUAUCGCACUACUACUGGUACACGUCGCACAAUUCGUACCUCUCGGGCAAUCAGCUGACCAGCGACAGCAGCGCGGCGCCGAUCGUGGACGCGCUCGGGCGCGGCUGCCGCGUCAUCGAGCUCGACGUGUGGCCCGACGGGAACAACAUCAAGGUUGUGCACGGCAUGACGCUUUGCAAACCCGCACCAGUGACUGACCUCCUGAUGGCCAUCAAAGAGCACGCGUUCGUCGCAUCCGAGUACCCCGUUGUCCUGACUAUUGAGAACCACUUGCCUCCCGUGUUGCAACAGUUGCUGGCACAGCUUUUGAGAGACAUUCUCGGCGACCAACUCUUCCUCCCCCCGUCCGACACCAACGCCCCGCUGCUGUCUCCUGCGGACUUGGUCCGAAGAUUCGUCAUUUCGGACAAGCCAAUCUCAGAGACGGAGGAAGGCGUGAAAGGGGCGAAGAAAGCGGCGAACGACGCGGUGCCCAAUGCGGACGACUUCCUGCAGGAGGGAGAACUAGAUGAGACCGAAGGAACCGCAGACGUGGGGAGAACACAAGGUGCCGCGGUCGCCGGAUCGGCGGUUCCAGAGGCAGCAGGCGCGCAUGACCCCAGCCCUCCGGCAGAGACUGCUGAGGCGGUCCUGUCGGCGACGGUGUCAAACGAGGCCGUCCCGGAAUACGACGACAGCUUCUCAUCGCUUAUCUACAUCCCCUGCCUGAAGCCGAAUGAAUACGUGGGGGCGUUCAAGGGGAGCGGCCGGGUGACGAUGGCAAACAUCGGCGAGCCGGCGUUUGAGAAGCUGGCCAAGAGCGGGCCGACUCUGCUCACCAAGUUUGCCAGGACCAACGUCAUUCGCGUCUACCCCUACGGCCUGCGUUUCGACUCGUCCAACCUGGAUCCGACGCUCGCGUGGGCGCAUGGGGCCCAGCUCGCGGCCAUAAACAUGCAGGGCUACGGACGGCACCUGUGGUUGCAGCACGGCCUCUUCUCGGCGAACGGCGGCUGCGGCUACGUUCAAAAGCCCGACUUCUUCUUCCCCCCCGGAGCUGUCGAAGGGGGCCCUGGGGCAGAGUUCGACCCCAGCGCAAAGCGCCCGGUGAAAACGACUCUCAGGGUCCGGAUCAUCUCGGGGCGGGACACGCACAAGCGCUUCGACGCCCUAAAGCCUCCUGACUUCUUCGUACGGGUUGCCAUCUACGGCGUACCUGCGGACAAAAAGAAGAUUCACACCAAGACGCACAAGAACACGAAGCACCCCAUCUGGGAGAAGGAAGAGUUCCACUUCCCUCUGACGGUGCCGGAGCUCGCGCUCCUUGCGAUCGAGGUACGGGAGUCCGACACUUUGCAGCGGGACGACUUCGCCUGCCAGACGUGUUUGCCUGUCGCCGAGUUGAGAGCGGGUUUGAGAGCGAUAGCGAUGAAAGACAAGAAAGGUAAUGUUAUUCCGGACGGCCGUGCGAAGCUGUUGGUAGAUGUGAGCUUUUUGGAUGCUAGGGAACAAACAGGAGGGGGCCUGCGCAUCCUAGAAACGGCCUCCUUGGGAAGGAAUGGAGCCGAAGGUUCAGGUCGGGGUCUGGUAGAUGUGCCAAUCGAUUAGGAACGUCAUUUUAUGUUGACAUGGACUUGUCAAAGAGCUUGCACCCUGUAUAAACAGUGGAAGUCACAAUACAAUGACGUCCUGUACCAUGUUUUGGUAUGCACCGUUCAAUCAGGCUUCCCUCGUACGGCAUAGCCUGUACAAUCAGUAACUUUUCCCUUUUCC